ACACCUCAGUACAAACCUGUUGAGCCAUCUCAUCAACUUUAAGAAAUCUAACAAAUGGGGGUUGUCACAUAAGGUGUGAGUCAGUAACACUUUGGAAAACAUGCAGAUAAUAGAAGGGGACUGAAUAACUUUACAUCUCAUAUGCUUUUCAUUCUGGGUGGUGGUGGACUCUUGUUGUUCUGGAACCGUCGCAGCGUCGGGCCACCCACCAUCUGUAGAAGUGGGACAAGGGAACAGAUGGCGCAUCCAAGCCGGGCUGCAGGGUUGCUGACGCUGAGCGUUCGUGCAGAACUGGAGAUCAGUAUCAAUCAUUAAAAUAAAGCACUGCCGCCGUAUACAGCACAGUGCGUUUUUCAAGGUUACCAAUGCCAAUGUGGUUGCGAUAGAAGCGAGGGUGGGGGGGACUGGAAGCAUCGUAUGUCGACCAAAUUGAGGCGCAACGAUCGGGCGACGAUUUGACCGCUGGCAUCAACUUAAUCCCUUCUGACGUGUCUCUGUCUCGGUGAACAAUGGUUGACAAUCGCUACGCCACAGCUCUGGUCAUCGCCUGCGUGCUGAGCAUCAUAGCCACCGUGUAUCUGUCGGUGGCAAUCGGAACGCAGCACUGGUACCAGUACAGCAGCCCCACAGUGCGCGGAGAGGCCAACAUUUCCGAGUUGCGCUCGCUGUACGAGGAGUUCAUAGACGGAGAAUUCGAUGAGAAAACCUACAGCGACACGCUGUUCCGUCUUAACGGGACUGUGGGCCUCUGGUGGCGGUGUGUGCUUGUUCCUGCCAACGCUCACUGGUACAAAGAGCCAGGUGCCAAGACGGUGCUGGAGUGUCGAAGCUUCACUCUACCUCAACAGUUUACUCCAAAGUACAAAGAACCAGGGAACCACAACAGCGGGGAGGACAUGGUGCGCACAUAUCUGUGGAGGUGCCAGUUUCUGCUGCCGUUGGUGUCUCUGGGUCUAGUGGUGUUGGCAGCUCUGACUGGAUUCUGUGCCUGUCUGUGCCGAAGCCUCACACCAACUCUUGGAAUAGGAGUGCUUCACAUGCUGGCUGGUCUCUGCACCUUAGCCACAGUGUGCUGCUACCUGGCGGGGAUGGACCUGCUCCACAGGGUGUCGAUGCUACCCGACAAAGUGGACGGCUCUCUCGGCUGGUCGCUGUACCUGGUCCUCAUUUCUUCACCUCUCCACAUGAUGGCUGCUGCCCUGCUAGUGUGGGCGGCGCGCAGCCAUAGUCAGAACUACUACCGCAUGACUGCCUACCGGGUGGCAUAAACUGAGAUUUAGCUCUGGAUCUUAAGCCCUGUUUAGAGUCUGACACCAAGAUUCGUUUUCUUAAUGAGUUGUGGGGGGUUUUCCUCUACGUGUUUUUGUCUCUCAAGGAUUAAGAAUUUUUGCAUGUCCUGUACACUAAUGACCCUUCUUGCUGCGUUAACAGAUUUGAUUUUUAUCUCCUGGGGGAUGGAAAUGGUUUGCAAAUCAGAUUUACCAGAACAAUAUGUAGUAUACGUGUGCUUCAGACUAACUUGAAACGAAGUAGAGAAGCAUUAGCAGUGCCCUACUUUCAUACAACAUAAAUGUAAUCAAAAUCUCCAAAGUGCAGGUCAGUCACAUCGGAAAAGUAGAUAUAUUGCGAUUUAUUUUCAUAGUUUUGUUCUUUGGAGGCAGUGAUAAGAAGGCAUGACCCCGUGAACUGCAUACCUGGUAUCAGAGUGCCAGAUAAAUUUUAAAAAACAAAUCUUGUUUGGAAGAAAAGUAAAAGCAAGUUCUUAAAUGACAGUUUACACAGGUUUCAUGUGUACUGACUUCAGUUUUCCUUCCUUCUCAUCCCAUCUUAUCAGAUUACAGAGAUUUUGUGAUAUUGCUGUUCUUCCUGUUUGUCAUAAGGGCACAUGCGUACUGCACAUUUUUAAACAUCUUUGAUCUGUUGAAAAUUGAACAGGAUUUAAUUUUAUCUUUUAAAAACGUCACAGUUGUUGUCAUAGUUUUCUUCAGUCCAAUAUAAAGCUUCCAUUGUAAAAAUAUAAUCAAGUCAACUGACGUAUAAUGGAAAAUAUUUUAACCUGCGCAAUUUUUGUUGAUUUUGUUGAUGACGUAUUUCGCAAAGGAAGUCAAAUUUGUAGUUUUUUUUUUUUAAUUUAACCAAAAAAAGCUGCACACUGACUACUGUUCCUUGAUAUGUGUGAUUUUUAUCAUUUAAAUGGCGAUGACAGAAGGCACUUUAGUGAUAAGUAAGCACACUUUGUAAUAAAAGAAGUACUAGAGUCUGGGAAAAGUGUGUAUUUACAGACCUCUGCUGGUGAAAUUUUCUAGUCUGCCACACGUGAUUGCAGCUGAAUGUGAUGACGUUCCUGUUCGUUGCACUUGAAGAAUGUGGCCACAGGUUUGUUGUAUUUACACAAUGUUCCCAUGACUAGAAUUUAAUUUACAAUUCUGUUUCAAAUCCUCUGUUGUUGUUGUUGUUUUUUUACUUAAGUUUAUUUAUUUAUUUAUUGUUUAUGGUAGUUAUUAUGUUCAGACUGUGUGUAUAAUUUGUUUACUACACGAUGUAUGUAUUGCAUUGCUUUGUUUGCUUUUUGAUCACAUCAUGUUGUGACUGAUUUUUGUAGAAAAAAGUGAAAACCACAGUAGUGCUCAUUUACUAUUUUUUUUUUAGUUGAGCACAUACAUUCAUGAAAGUAAUUUUCUUAGUUCAUAUUUGGGUGUUUUUUGUUGUUUAUUUGAUCGAUGUAUGUCCCUCAGAUGACGGAUUAAUGUGCUGAAAAACAAACAAACUGUUUUAGUCUCAUUUCCCUGGUUGGCACUAUGAAUGUACUUUAAAGGCCAUAUUAUGAUAAGCUACAGCAUUUCUUUGCACCUAAAUUAAUUUCAAACAUAUUCUGACCAUUGCUGUAGUAAUCAGUGGUGAAUUUCUAUAUUUUUAAAAUGUAAAUAUUAAAAUAAUUACAUUUGGGGAGAAAAAAUACCACUAUUACCCACAAAUUCAUGAUAUCUGUUUGUGAAAUAUCACUGCUGAUAAAGAUUUAUGAGCUUCAUGAAUAUCUGAAAUGAUGCAUUGUUCGUCUCAUUAUGAAACACGUUGUAUUUUACACAUUCCCCCUUUAAAUACUGGAAACUCAAUCCCUGAAUGCACACUACCAUGUGUUGUUUGUGAAAGAGUGCUUAAUCCCCCUGUCGUGAGCUGCAGCAGUUGAUAACUGUGUAUUUAAAUAUCGUGUGUGAGUGUGAACAAGCAUAACACAUGUCACCAUUUCAAUAAAAAGUUUUGUAAAAACUGAAUUCAGUCAUCAGUCUCAUGUGGUUAACAUCUUUUGAUGCAAAUUCCUGCUCAUCAGCUUGUUGCUCCUGCUCCGCCUGCACUCGGAUUGCAGGAAUCAUCACCGUAGCCCAACUGUCGCAGAGUGAGUCACUGAGUACAUCCUGAACGCGGCGCCAGCCUCUUGCACGGCUUCCUUUUUUCUUUUAUAUUUUGACUUUGCUUGUACAGCCAGUUUCUCCUCAGGAAAUAGAAAAUACACCGAGAUUUAAAAAAAAACGACAGCAACGUUUGAAAUGAAUGUAAUUCAUACAGUAAAUGGAGUUUAAUGUGCUUAAACACUGAAAUAACUGAUCUCUUGUAGGUGCCAAGAUGGUGCUGGAGUGUCGAAGUUUCACUCUACUUCAACAGUUUACUCCAAAGUACAAAGAACCAGGGAACCACAACAGCGGGGAGGACAUGCUGCACAUAUGUAACUUCAGCUAUACUAGUGCAUUAAUUACAUGUGAUGUUGAAUAAUUACCCCAGUCUAUGCAGAAGUUUGUGACAUGCAGAGGAAGGUACUUAAAUGCCUCAUUUACUAACAAUCUCACAUCUCCCUCUCUCUGUAUGCGCAGACCUAUGGAGGUGCCAGUUUCUGAGCAGGUCUGACUGGAUUCUGACUUAGAAUAGCAGUGGUUCAUCUGCUUUCUGGUAAGCACAAUAUUCAAAUGUCAACAGACUAUAUUAGUAAACAGUUUACUAAGGCUUCAGGAAUGUGACCUAGUACAUCUAAUUUUUCAUGUGUCUGAGC